AUGCUGUCUCGCUCGCAAUCAGCCUCAUCGCGGUGCUGCACCAUCGACAAGGCCGUCGAUGGCCCCCUCUGCCCCCGUCCACCCACCUCCCCUCCACCGCCACGAAGACCGAGCACGUCUGUCACACACGUCACCAUUCUGCCAACUAACGCGCAAUCCCUAGCAUCCACCAACGGAGCUGCCCCUACUCCUCCCCCCAACCGAGCCUCGCCCGUCCCCAAUUCCGCCAGCAUCCCCAAUGGCAAGCCCGCCUCGCCCUUGGUCACGGCCAGCAACACCAUUCCCAAUGGCGGCUCACCGACCCCCCAGACGGUGACCUCGAAAGACCCCAAGGCGGCCGCGCAGGCAGCCAGUGACAUGAGGAAUAUUGUGCGUCGAAAACUCACUGGCUACGUCGGCUUCGCCAACCUGCCCAACCAAUGGCAUCGCAAGAGCGUCCGCAAGGGCUUCAAUUUCAACGUUAUGGUCGUUGGUGAAUCCGGCCUCGGCAAAUCGACCCUCGUCAACACCCUGUUCAACACCUCUCUGUACCCACCCAGGGAGCGCAAGCAGCCGUCGCUUGACUUUGCGCCCAAGACCGUCAGCAUACAGGCCAUCAGCGCGGAUAUUGAGGAGAACGGGGUGCGCCUGCGUCUGACCGUGGUCGACACGCCGGGCUUUGGCGACUUUGUGAACAACGAUGACUCGUGGCGACCCAUCAUCGAGAACAUCGAGCAGCGAUUCGACGCCUACCUGGACGCCGAGAACAAGAUCAACCGGAUGAACAUUGUGGACAACCGAGUGCACGCGUGUGUCUACUUCAUCCAGCCCACCGGCCACUCUCUCAAGCCCCUGGAUGUGGAGGUGAUGCGCCGCCUUCACACCAAAGUCAACCUCAUUCCAGUCAUUGCCAAGGCCGACACCCUGACCGACGAGGAGAUUGCACUAUUCAAGCAGCGUAUCCUCGCAGAUAUCCACCACCACAACAUCCACAUCUUCGAGGGCCCGCGCUACGAGUUGGACGACGAGGAGACGAUUGCCGAGAACAACGAAAUCAUGUCCAAGGUUCCCUUUGCCGUGGUGGGCGCCAACACGGAGGUGCAAACGCCCGAAGGCCGCAAGGUGCGCGGACGCCGCUACCCGUGGGGCACGAUCGAGGUGGACAACGAGGAGCACUGCGACUUUGUCAAGCUGCGACAAAUGCUCAUCCGAACGCACAUGGAGGAGCUGAAGGAGCACACCAACAACUUCCUGUACGAGAACUACCGAUCCGACAAGCUGACGCAGAUGGGCGUCGCGCAGGACCCGAGCGUGUUCAAGGAAGUCAACCCGUCGGUGAAGCAGGAGGAGGAGCGCAGCCUGCACGAGCAGAAGCUGGCGAAGAUGGAGCAGGAGAUGAAGAUGGUCUUCCAGCAAAAGGUGGAGGAGAAGGAGAACAAGCUGAAGCAGAGCGAGGAGGAGCUGUACGCGCGACACGCGGAGAUGAAGAAGCAGCUCGACUCGCAGCGGGCGGAGCUGGAGGAGAAGAAGGUGCGCAUCGAAAGCGGGCGACCGGUGGAAGAGAAGGGGAAGAAGAAGGGCGGGUUUUCGCUUAGGGGUUAG